AUGCUAGUCUCCCAGGUCUCCUUACGCACCUCUACUCCACACAAUGGAGAAGGAGCGAUGCACAUGGACGAUGAGCCCACACCAGCAAGAGCUCCAUUAGAGCCAGCAAUGAGUAAGUAUAACAUAGCCAUUAACAAAACCACCUAUGACGGCAAUGACUACAUUGUAGAUAUACUAGUGGACAAGUUGUAUGCACAAAAGGCGGACGACCCCAUUGAUAUACGAGCACUCCACAAACUCCGCAAGGCAGUUUACACCCAACAACCCAACAGAUUGAUACCAGUACUAGAUCAGUGGUUGUCAGAGCUACACAAUAAAGCUAUGAAGGACGGUGAUAAAAGUGAUUACGAUGAGUGUAUUGCAAUCAGUGGCUUUAUGAGCGAGCUAACUCUAAUUAGAUCUCAUGUAGGGGAUGAAAUCUCAGAACCAAAGAUGAACAAGCUACUCAAGAUGAGUGAGAACCCCAAGUGGCCAACACACAAGUACGUCAGCAUGGCUGACAGUCGUGAUAAAAUUGAGUUUGUAUCUGUAGCAAAAGACUUGUUCGCGAGCACAAACAUGUCAGUAGUACAGUACCUAUCACUCGUACAAGAAUUGCUCAGACAGACAGACGCAACGGAGGUAUCGCACACUGCACUCAAAAAUAUACGUAGUUCUAAACAGCUUUGGAAAGACUUCACUGAUGUGGAAGACAAUAUAUUGAUCAUUGACAACCUGCGUCGCACCCUAGUAUACUAUCUACUAGAGAAGUGGCUCAACGACUUCUAUGACACUCGCAUGAAUGUUGAAGUACGAGGAGCACGAUUGCGCCGCACAAUGUUUGAGUUAGAGAAGCGAUACAAGGGCACUGAGAGAGAGUCCAUUAAUAGGCAAUUCCUCAAAGCAUCCCGUUCCCAAGCACUAGUCAUGUACGGACUGCAAGCUGAAACAGAUAGACUGAUCAAGGCUCAAACAAAGCCUGAUGGUAGCAGUGGACACUUGUCUGACAUAUAA